CAGUGCGGCAUCUAAUAAUACAAUAUAUUAAGCAGUUCCUGUUUACAUCGCCUGCAGAAAUAUUCAAAGUAGUUCAAUGAUUUUUACACGACGGAGUCAUGUCGGAAAAUCCUAGCGUUAAUCUGGUGUUUGAAAAGGUUUCCUUCGUGAACAAGAUUAGCAUUAUAUUGAAGGCUACCUCAGAUGACGAUAAACCAAUACCUGGCUAUCUUUACCAAGAAAUAAGCAAAAUUACCCAUGAAUCUGAUGGCUACUGUGAAAGUACUCUGGAGUAUCUUGUGGACAGACUGGAAAGGAACUCAUGCCACAUAAAACUAAAGGUGAUCAAAGUAAUGAAAUACUUGUUAGAAAACGGUCACAAGAAUUUUCGAUUCGGUUUGUUGAAGAAUGCUCACGGUAUAACAGCAGCCACAAAAUUCAGCGGUCCUCCUGACCCAUUACAUGGCAAUGUACCCUAUCUCAUGGUCCGCAAAGCUGCACAGGAGCUGUCAGAGGUGCUGUUUGACACAGAGAUGUUCGAGGCCAGCCAAGAAGGCAAGCCUAACAGACAGACAAACACAGGCAGUCUUGGUUCAUCAGGAAGUCAGACAGGGAAGUAUGAAGGUUUUGGAAACGCUCCUGCUGCCCAAAAGAAGUCAUUUGGUGACAGUGUGAUUGACAAUAUGUACAAAAUGGCGGAGAAGAUGAGUGAACAGCCAGCUGACCACCAGAGGGAGCUGUUGAAGUCCGUGCAGAGUGUUGGAGGGUACAAACCACCUACAAACUACGUAGCUGAAAACCACCCACUUGUUGUACCCUUUACAAAGCCAGAAUUAAAAUCUCAGCCAGUGGAACCCGUGAGGAAACAUGUUCCUGGGAAGGCCGGUGGUGGCUGGGGUGACAGCGAUGAGGACGACGAUAGCUAUCACUCCCUCAGCAAGUCCUCCAGUAAGAGAAGUACCGAAAGUAACAACUUAUUAGAUAGGAUGGAGGGAGUGACUCUGGAGGAUUGGAGUGGAGAGGAAAAUCUAGUGACCAGUACAGUGGACAAUGGUCAAUCUUUCCUUCUGAAAAGAACAGAGAUUAAGAAUUUUAUUCAGAGGUGUCAUCAACUAGGUUGUUAUAAAAUUCUUGAGCUUCUGAAUCAGCGGUUAAAAUCAGGAGUCGACAAUCACACAAUGAGAUCACUACUUCUGGUGGAGAACCUGCUAACUACAGAUUUGAUCGGUGUUGACCGAAUAAUUCAGACAUGCAAGGAAAACCUGAUUUGGUUGGUGGGAAACUGUUCUGGACCAAUAGCAUCUAAGGCAAACAAGAUCAUUAAAAUUUUGGAAAAGUUAUCAAACGGCAGUUUACUUCAUGGAGGAUUGACAAACACUUCCAUAGAUACCCAGAACACAGGAUGUUCCACCCUGGGCCAGGGCCAACACGAACAUAUGUUAGAGACACAGUUAAGUAAGGAAAAUGAAGAGCAGGUCAACAUUAAUACAGGAAGAGAUAUUGAGUUAUUACUACAGCCAGACCCCAGUGCUAACCUGUACAUGCCACACUCGGAGGGUCAGCGAGACGCUGUUCAGACUAACACCGACGUUACCUAAUCAUCCGUGGUAUUCAACUUUGGGAUAGGGAGAAGACACCACAGAUAUUAUUAUUUAAAACAGGACAUUAGAUUUUAUAAUGUGAUCCUCUAAUCAUUCUAGCAGUACAUAUCUUGCCUGUUGGUCCUCCAUUCAAAUCAACAGUCUUCAGUGUGUCCAUGUGCAAUAGCUUGUUUAUUACAUUUAGUUUCAUCAGUUUAUUGCUGAAUAUUGAUCAAAAUAAAAAAAAUGAAAAAUAAAAAUAUAUUUUUGUAUGUUAAGAAACAUUGGAUACCCCCCUCUCAAACCUCUGACACAGGGGCUA